CUAAAACUACUAUAAUUUCACUCGCGUACAAGAGCCAUCUGAGUGACGAUGGGUCAUGGUAAUGAGAUGGGCCCAUCAAUUGAAAAAGGGCUUGGAUAUUUUGAAGCCUAGCCGCAAAAGGAAGAGAAACAAAAGGACGGACGCCAAAAGAAUUCAUAGUUCUGGUUUUUAGUUCAUUCCCUCUCAGUUCCAGUCCGUCUGCGCAUUGCUGCGCAAGCAAGAAGCCAUUUUCGUCUACCUCUGCGGACACCGGGAGAGUCCCUCAAAUCAUUGUAUCAGAAAAGGAUUAUAAUGCUUCAAGGUACUCAAUUCUUAAAUUUCAACUCAAUUUCGGCAAAAAAGAGGAAAAACUGUUAACUUAGCGGAGCUAUUUUAAUUCAAUGCGAGUUUUUGGGGGAUAGGAAUCUAGGUUUUUUUUUAGAUUAGGUUUUUAAAAUUUUUGUAGUUAGGGUUUAGGAUAAUAAAUAUGAAAGGCCGGACGCAUCGGGCUGAUCCUCAUGACGACUGGGGAGACGGUUCAUGGACCGUGGACUGUAUCUGCGGCGUCAAUUUUGAUGACGGUGAAGAGAUGGUGAAGUGCGAUGAGUGCGGCGUGUGGGUGCACACGCGCUGCUCGCGUUACACCAAGGGUGAAGAGUUGUUUGCCUGUGACAAGUGCAAGAGCAAGAGCAACCGUAACGACAGUGAGGAGAAGGAGGUGGCACAGUUGCUUGUUGAAUUGCCUACGAAAACGGUUAGAAUAGAGAGUAGUUACGUGGGCCAUGUGCCUUCCCGGCGGCCCCUUAGGCUUUGGACUGAUAUCCCUAUGGAAGAGCGUGUUCAUGUUCAAGGGGUUCCAGGAGGGGAGCCUGGUUUGUUUGGAGGGUUAUCUGGCGUUUUUACGCCAGAGUUAUGGAAGUGUACAGGCUAUGUGCCAAAAAAGUUUAAUUUCCAGUAUAGGGAAUUCCCGUGUUGGGAUGAGAAAAAAGAAGAUGAUAAUGAAAAUGGUAAGCAAAAUGAGAUUGAGAAUGGGAAUCCGGUUGAUAAUGGUGCUGGAGUUCUGUUUUCAUUGUCUAAGGAGAGGAUGUUUGGCGUGCCAAUGUAUCCGAAUAAGGAAGAUUUAAAUGAAGGGAAGAAGAGUGAGGGUGAAGAUUUGAAUGGAAAAAGUUGGCAGAAUGGGGUAAGGAAAGAUAGACAUGUUCUUCAGCCUGUUGCGGUAUCCUCCAGUAGGUGGAAGGAAGAUGAGCUUGGGGUGUCUAAAGAUAGGAGAGCAAAGAAGAAGGCUAGAAGUGCUGCUGAGAAAGAGGCUUACGAGAAGAAGAGUUCUGUACAGUCCCCUAAAACAGACAGAGAUCCAAAGGCUUUCAAGACUGAUGGUCAGAUUGUAAAGAACAAAAAUUUGAAGGACAGUGUGCUUCUAGAACCCACAUCAGAUGGUAAUCUUGGAUCAAACCAUGCAGUUGAAAGGCCUAAGAACAACUUAUGGGGAAGGGAGCGUGCUUCAGAGGUCUCAACUUCUGGCAUGUCUGGACAUGAUUGUUCAAUUAGAAGUGAAGCGAACGAGGAGAUGGCUGAUCAUGAAUUUCCCGCAGCUAUUAUGAGCUCUCCAAAAACAGAGGAUCUUGUUGCAUUGCCAUUAGAGCAUAAAAAUUCUGGGAUAUCUCCUAUUAAAGAAGAGGGUGAUAACAUGGCAAUUGACAAAGUAGAUGGUGGUGUAGAAGGUUCUACAAGAAGUCCUCAGGAGCAUUUGGUUCACAAUUUAGCUAGUACUGCCCUGGAUGUUCAGCGCAAUCAUAUUCUUAAAGAUUCUAAUACCAGCAUGUCUCACAGUUUUGUUAAACCUGUUAUUGAGGUGAAAAGAGAAAUGAAGGAUGAUGAUGGUUCCAAGGUUAUCUUUACUGCUCAACCUUCUCCUCCUGAUGAUUCUAAAGACACAGAGAUAUCUUUCCAUCAGACAUCAGAAACUUGCCAAAUGAAUAAUGUGGGAGACUGUUCACAAUCGUCUGACAGUAAGGUCAAAGUUAUUGAAUCAGAAAUUAUUGCUGAUUGUCAUUGUGAUAAAGUGAAUGAGUUGUCUGGUGAUUGCUCAUUGCUAAAAUGCGAUUUGGAUGGUUCAGAAGUUCCCAAGUCAGUGCAGAAAAGUUCUUCACAAUCCAACCAUGUUCCUGUCUCUGCUGAAGAGCCUAAACUAAAUGCAUAUUUGGAACACUCUAUCCUGCACAAAAUGGUAGUAUGUGUUGGAAACUCUUCUUCCACUUCAUCUGCUGCCAUAAUCCCCAUGUCAUCUAUUUGUGAUAACUCGAAACCUAUAGAUUCUCAGAAUAACAUGAAGCAUCGAGUAAUGCCUGACAAUAAUGCAAGCAUUAAGAAAGAUCAUGCUGCAAAUGAUGUAAGGAGGGAUGAAGACAAACAUGACUUAUCACAGAAGGCAGCAAAAGAGCGUCCAAAAUGCUCUUAUGGUUCUACUUCAAAAGUCUCACACCAAAGCAGGAUUUCACAUGCUUCCAUUUCUAAAAGAACCAUAUCUGAAUCAAAAGAUUCUGCGCCUUCCUCAUCUUUAAAGCCAUCUUUGGUGCAGAAUACUUCAGUUAUCUCAAUCUCUGGUGAGUCUGCUAGGCCACUGCAAAGUCAGUCUGCUUCACAUGGUCAGCAAAAUAAGGCAUCAGCUUCAGGUUUCCCACAGAAAAGUGAAAAGUUCAAUCAGUCUAGUACCCAGUCUGCAUCUAAGGUUACUCAUGCAACAUCAGCGGUUCCUUUUGCACCAUCAAAUUCCCCUGCUCUGAGUGAUGAAGAGCUUGCUUUACUUUUGCAUCAAGAACUUAACAGUUCUCCAAGAGUACCUCGUGUCCCACGUGUGCGGCAUGCUGGUAGCUUUCCUCAGCUGGCAUCUUCCACUGCAACAAGCAUGCUAAUAAAGCGCACAUCUAGCUCCAGAGGAAAGCAUCACAGUUUGGUUCCUAGAAGAAAAAACAAGGAUGCAUCUAAAGGUGGGUCCUGUGGUUCUCGUGAGCUUGAUAAUGAGGCUAAAAGGACUGAUAAAGUGCUAUCUUCACCUGAUCAGAGACUAGAUAUUGGAUCUGCCAUGGAUGCUUCUAAAAGGGUUGACAAGAAUGUACCUCCCACAGCCACCACAACCACAAACAGUGGCCCUUCUUCUUCCACUGAAGCUAAUGAUCAAAAUUUGUUAUCCAUGCUCAAUUCACCUAUGAAUUUAUCUGAUGAUGACACAGGCACAAUUCGUGGUUCUCUACCUCUUACUUUACCUGGCUUGAUAAAUGAGAUUAUGAGCAAAGGCAGGCGAAUGACAUAUGAAGAACUUUGUAAUGCAGUCCUGCCGCACUGGCCUAACUUGAGGAAACAUAAUGGAGAACGCUAUGCAUAUUCUAGUCAUUCUCAAGCUGUUCUUGAUUGCCUAAGAAAUCGACAAGAAUGGGCUCAGUUAGUUGACCGUGGCCCCAAGACUAAUUCAAGUAGGAAAAGGCGCAAGGCUGAUGUUGAAGAAUCAGAGGAUAAUGAAUACGGCAAAGGAAGAAGUAGAAAGGAGGUAGAAAGCAAAAGCAUCGAAUCACAGAAAGAAGAUUUUCCCAAGGGCAAACGGAAAGCGAGAAAGCGAAGGCGACUGGCUUUGCAAGGAAGAGGAAUAAAAGAUGUCCAAAGGAGGAGGAGGAGGAGGGCAGAUUUCAGUGAUGAUGAUGCUGGGCCCUUCUCUAAUUCGAGUGAGGAGAGCAUGUUCAGCGAGGAUGAGAUCCAAGGAGGCGGAGCAUGCCCAGUGGGAAGUGAGGCCUCAGCCAGCUCAGAUGAGACGGGGACUAUGUAAGUUGAGGCCUAACAAGUCAUGUUUUGAUCUGAUUUCCCGAGAUGAAGAAUGGACUCUGGACAACGCUCCUCUUUUUGUUUCUGAUUACAACUUUUUGUCUAGCAAUGGGUUCAGGCCAGAUCAGCGAUUCAUAAAAGAGUUGCUAGCUAGGUGGGUGUGCGGUCUGAUUGGAAAAUGUGAUAUUAGGGUGUACAUAGACGGAUAUUUUAGGCAAGUAUUAUGUGAAAGGUUUUAACCGUCUCCACUCAAAUUUUUAGUCGAGCUUACAGGAACUAGUAAAAAUUUCAUAUAGGAAUUAAACAAUUCUUAACAUAACAAAGUACUGAACAAACCACCAAAUAUUAGGCCUACUUGUAACAUUCAACCAAUCAUCAUAUAUUGCAUGUCGCACGGGGCUGUAAGUCAUUUUCUCCGUUGGUUUUCAUUCUUUUACUUUGUAUCCCAGGAAUAUUGUAUUUGCGGAUGCACAGCAAACGUAAAAUUCUUAUUAGAAGGGGUAAAAUUGUUGUAAAACAAUCAACAAUAAUCAGAAUGCUUUUCUUUAUGCUCUAUAUUUUAC